GCACUCUUUACGCGACCAGCUGUUCGUCGUUGCGGCACCGAGCGCGUGUUUUUAGUAAAAUUCACUUUAUUAUUAAUUAAAAAGCAGCCAAAAUGACGCUGAUAACACGUGUGCUGAACAGUAACCUGCCGCUGCGCCUCAGCGCGUUGAAAACUGUGCGUCAGCUGCAAUGCGGCUACAGCUCCCAUGCGAAGUACGCGGAGCACAAGCCCAUCGAACGCAUUCGAAACAUUGGCAUCUCGGCGCACAUAGACAGCGGCAAGACGACGCUGACGGAACGUAUUCUGUUCUACACAGGACGCAUUGCUGAGAUGCAUGAGGUGCGCGGCAAGGACAAUGUGGGCGCAACGAUGGAUAGCAUGGAGCUGGAGCGACAGCGUGGCAUAACCAUACAAUCGGCGGCCACCUACACGCUGUGGAAGGACACCAACAUCAACAUCAUCGAUACGCCCGGUCACGUGGACUUUACGGUCGAGGUGGAGCGUGCUCUGCGCGUCCUGGACGGCGCCGUGCUGGUGCUAUGCGCCGUGGGUGGUGUUCAGAGUCAGACGCUAACGGUCAAUCGGCAAAUGAAGCGUUACAAUGUUCCCUGUCUGGCGUUCAUCAACAAACUAGAUCGCUUGGGCUCGAAUCCUUAUCGGGUGCUGUCACAGAUGCGCUCCAAGUUAAAUCACAAUGCGGCCUUCAUACAGCUGCCCAUUGGUGUAGAGAGCAACUGCAAAGGUAUUGUGGAUCUGGUGCAGGAGCGUGCCAUCUACUUUGAGGGCGAGCACGGCAUGGAUCUGCGUCUAGACGAGAUACCGCAGGAUAUGCGUACUGAGAGUCAGGAGCGUCGGCAGGAGCUCAUCGAGCAUUUGUCCAAUGCAGACGAAACCCUUGGCGAGCUGUUUCUUGAGGAGAAGCCUUUCACGGAGGCGGACAUUAAAGCGGCGCUGCGACGCACAUGUAUUAAACGCAGCUUUACGCCCGUGCUGGUGGGAACGGCUCUUAAGAACAAGGGCGUGCAGCCGCUUCUAGAUGCGAUUAUUGACUAUCUGCCCAACCCAGGAGAAGUCGAAAAUCUCGCUUUUAUCGAGCAUGAGGGCAAGGAGAAACAGCAAGUUGUGCUCAAUCCGGCGCGUGAUGGCAAAGACCCAUUCAUGGGCUUGGCAUUCAAACUGGAGGCGGGUCGUUUCGGUCAGCUGACCUAUUUGCGCUGCUACCAGGGUGUGCUCCGGAAGGGCGACAACAUUUUCAAUGCGCGCACCAACAAGAAGGUGCGCAUUGCCCGCCUCGUCCGGCUGCACUCCAAUCAAAUGGAGGACGUCAGCGAGGUCUAUGCCGGCGACAUUUUUGCACUCUUUGGCGUCGACUGCGCUUCGGGUGACACUUUUACCACCAAUCCCAAGAAUCAUAUGGCUAUGGAGUCAAUAUUUGUGCCGGAACCGGUUGUGUCCAUGGCCAUAAAGCCAAACAACACCAAGGACCGGGAUAAUUUCUCCAAGGCCAUUGCCCGUUUCACCAAGGAGGAUCCCACGUUCCAUUUCUUCUUUGAUAAUGAUGUUAAGGAAACGCUUGUCUCAGGCAUGGGUGAACUGCAUCUGGAGAUCUAUGCGCAGCGCAUGGAGCGUGAAUAUGGCUGCCCUGUGACGCUGGGCAAGCCCAAAGUGGCAUUCCGUGAGACACUUGUCGGACCCUGCGAAUUUGAUUACCUGCACAAGAAGCAAUCCGGAGGCUCGGGUCAGUAUGCGCGUAUUAUUGGACUCAUGGAGCCCCUGCCCCCCAAUCAAAAUACGGUCCUCGAAUUCGUGGACGAAACGGUGGGCACCAAUGUGCCCAAGCAGUUUGUGCCCGGCGUUGAGAAGGGCUUUCGUGAGAUGUGCGAGCGCGGCAUGCUCUCUGGCCAUAAAUUGUCCGGCGUGCGUUUCCGUCUGCAGGAUGGUGGCCAUCACAUUGUGGACUCCAGUGAGUUGGCAUUUAUGCUAGCUGCCCAUGGCGCGAUCAAAGAGGUCUUCCAGAACGGCUCCUGGCAAAUACUGGAGCCCAUUAUGCUAGUGGAGGUCACUGCGCCCGAAGAGUUCCAGGGCGCUGUCAUGGGUCAUCUGAGCAAGCGUCACGGCAUCAUCACAGGCACAGAAGGCACUGAGGGCUGGUUCACCGUAUACGCUGAGGUGCCCCUCAACGACAUGUUUGGCUACGCCAGCGAGCUGCGCUCCAGCACGCAGGGCAAGGGUGAAUUCACCAUGGAGUAUUCACGCUAUUCGCCUUGCCUGCCCGAAGUUCAGGAACAGGUUGUGCGCCAGUAUCAGGAAUCCCUGGGCUUGACGCAACCCGAAAAGAAGAAGAAGAAAAAUUAAUCAUUUCGUUCGCUUAGAUUAAAUUUUAGUGUUAAAGUCGAAUGUUUUUUGCAUAGUUUAAUUUUAUUUCAUACAAAAAUCUUUAGUUUUUACUGUGAUAAUCGUUGCAUAAAAUAAAAUCAAUGACAAUUUGUA